GGCCCACUCUGGGUAUGGGUGGGCGCACAGGAGAGUGUGUGUGCAUGUGUGUGUGUUCAGGUGUGAGCGUCGGCCUUGAAGCUGGACUCAGAAAGAAGUCAGCGUUCGGACAGUGUGGCAGGCAAAGAGCACGUCAGAGCUCGCUCAGGGGGCCCUGACUGCUGACCAUGGGGCCAACGCACUGAGGGCCCCCCAGAUGAAAAUAUAGGAACCAAAGAGGAGCAGAAAAUAACCAAGAAAAAGAAGAAAAGCUUAAAGAAGACAAAAAAAGCAGAACAAUGGUUGCAGAGGAAGUGAUCAUUACAUUGUCCGGUGGAGCGCCAUGGGGCUUUCGUCUCCAGGGAGGCGUGGAACAUCAGAAACCACUCCAGGUGGCUAAGGUGCGUAAACGCAGCAAGGCAUGCAGGGCUGGGCUUCGGGAGGCUGAUGAACUGGUAUCCAUCAACGAUCAGCCAUGUGGAACGCUAUCCCAUGCCCAGGCCAUGGACCUCAUUGACAGCUCCCCUGGGAUAUUACAUAUUCGGGUCAAAAGGGUGCCUGCUGGAUUUCAGUCCGUGGUUCUUGUGACCCGUGCCCCAUCUCCCCGCAUAGACAAAGAGUACCGCGCUGCUCUGCGUGCCAUGUCACCCAACAGCCCCCACCAUGCACCUGUGCGUGAGGUCCACCGUAGCCGCUCCUCCAUAACCAGUGGCUUGACAUCUCCACCUGGUAGUGAGGCGUACUAUGGCGAGACUGACAGUGAUGCAGAUGUGGCAGGCUACGAGAGGCAGCGCCGGCAGAAACGCCGAAGCCCCAGCAACUCCAACCCAGGAAAACCAACGGGAAGAACAUCCCCUGAGGGCGGGGAGACGUCCGAGAUGAGCGGCUAUGACAGUGCUCCAGAUGCACAAGUUUUCCCCAGUUUGUUGGAUGGACGUGGGGGAGAUGGAAAUGGAGAGGGGGGGCUGCCGGGGGUGGCACGGAGGGAGGUGAUUUACCAGCCUCCUGGUCCAGGAAUGUGGUCCUCCCAGACAUCCACUGAGACCUCCUCCAUCAUCUCCUCAGCAGAUGACCAGGGGCCACGGGAUGGAGGGCAAGAGGAGGAUAGCGGCUUUCUAGAGCCAGCCAAUGUGCCACUGGUGUCCCCCGAGAGGGCAAAGGAGGCCCUGAUGCUGAGCUCCCGCAGCCAGCUAGUGCCCAUGGUGGGUCCUGUGAAUAAUCCCAUUGAUGAGGAGCUCACAACAACCUACAUGGAAAAGGCCAAACAAGCCAAACUGAACCGAGGGGAUACUCAGCAAGACAAGCAUGUUAAAGAAGCCAAAAGCAAGUGUCGAACAAUUGCGUCCCUACUGACUGAUGCUCCCAACCCCCACUCUAAGGGGGUACUGAUGUUCAAGAAGAGGCGGCAGCGCUCCAAGAAGUACACUCUCACCAGUUUUGGUAGUGUGGAUGAGGAUAGGUGUCAGGACUCACAAGAGGAGGAUGGGGUAUUUCCUGGAAGUGAAUCAGAGUUCGAUGAGGAUGGCUUCUCUUCUGUUCCUGAUCCAACUUGGGAUAGUGACACCUUGGAUAUUCUGGAGAAGAGGGCAACUGCAGGCACUGAAGGUCGCGGGGAUGGGGCAGAGGAUGCUCCAAGUCCAGGGUUGAGUGAAACUGCAGGCAAGGGCGCCCAGUUGUUUGAGCAGCAGAGAAAGAGGGCUGCUGAGCAUGCCAAGAAGGUAGAGGCGGCACAACCUCAGGCUCCUCCACCAUCUCAUGUCCAGGGGCAGGCUCCAAUGUUACAUCCAGAGACACAACCACAGAUACAACCACAGAUACAGCCAAACCUCCAGUCUCAGCAGAUAAUAUCAACUGGCCUUGUUACUAUACAGCAAGAGCCAUCUCAGGCUCCAGCUCCAGUUGCGGCCUAUGGGAUGUCUAAUAGCGACCCAUCCUACUCUGCAAUUAGUACAGCUAGCAUGAUAAUGUCACCUCCGCCUACAGCACCAAAACCAGCCACUCCCUCAGUGACCGUUCUGACCAGACCUGAACCACCAGCUGAAACACCAUUACCAGAACUACCUGCCAGUAAUGUUCUCAACAGAACGGCACGUCCUUUCACCCCUGGCUUCAUCAGCAUUCGAGCUGCAACCGCCCCUGUAACGUUCAGACCAUCUGUCACAAAGACAAGCCAGCGUCCUGCCUCAACAGCUGUUGUGCCACCACCUUUCUCCACUGCUUCUGAACUAGCCAUGAAUGUUUCACCAGUAAUGGCACAGCUGCCACCUGGUCCUCCGCCAGUGAUCUCCCCACCAUCCUUUGUACCUCAAGGUCCCUUGGCACCAGAAGCUCCUGUUACCUUUUAUCCUCUGGCCGUCUCUAACUCUGUAGAGAUGCUGCAGACAUCACCACCAAUAACUGCCACUAAUCAGACUUCAUUUGGAGCCGUGCCCCCAGUGUCUGUUCCCUCAAUGCCCCUGGCUUCACAAAUACCAAUGGAUCCAGCCCCAGCUCCUCCUGUAUCUCAAAUUCCUGGUUCACCUGACCCAGUUAUACCAGUGUCUCCACUCCCAGUACCAGUUGCUCAACCACCUCCUCCUCAGUUUUCCAUGGCGCCUGUAGCUACAGUGUCAGUAGUCUCUCAGCCAGAAGCUGUGGCUCCAACCCCUAUUCCUGGUCCAACAGGUCGCACAGGAAUCUUAAUCGAUGCUCGACGGCGUAGUGGCAAACCGAAACCUAUGUUCAAUGUUCCAGAGGUCAAGAAGAACUCCCCCAAUCCUGAGCUAUUGUCUAUGGUGCAGAAUCUGGAUGACAGGUCAACCCGACACAAGCAAGGGCAAUCUGAGGCUAUCUAUGAUGAUGUAGAGGAAGAGAGGGUUCGUGAGGCCAGCAGAGGGAGGGCGCCUCCCCCUGUGGCACCUAAGCCUCGGGUCAUCCACGAAGCCCCGCAGUUUCUUCAGGCAGGGGGUAAGGGGGCCGAGCUGUUUGCCCGCAGGCAGACCCGCAUGGGAAUGUAUGUAGUGGACACCCCACCGGAGACCCCUUACCAGCAGGAAGUGGCCUCACACAGUCCAGCCCAACACCUUGAUUCCUCCCCCAAUCCUUUCCAUCUCUCUCAGUGGAAAUACUCCCCAAAUGUCCGUGCUCCUCCACCCAUUGGGUAUAACCCACUCCUGGCCCCCACUAUCCCGAUAGGACCUCAGAGGAAUUUGGGCCAGAAACCAGAAAGCAGGGGUAGAGGAGGAUCCCAAAGAGAGGGCAUCAAAGCUCUGGAUUUCAUGAGAAGGCAGCCAUACCAGCUCAACUCUGCCAUGUUCAACUAUGGGGGUAGUGUCACUAAUCUAUCAGCUAUGCCUUCUUAUCAGGCUCAGAGGCAGCAGCAGGGUGACUACAUAUCAGCAACAAUGGUGGGCAGCUCAUUGACCCCACCAAAGCAGAUCCCCAUCAAAACAGCCCGUGUCUUUGAGGUCAAGCGAUUCUCCACACCAACACCCAUGUCAGCUCCCACCCUGACUCCCAAGGUCAUUGCACCCCGCUCGGCCACCACUCUUGGAGAACGUUUGACUCAUUCCGGCAUGAUCUCCCCACCUCUUGCUCCUUUCACUCCAACCCCAGCACCAGCCAGUGCACCAGCACCAGCCAGUGACCCAAUACCAUCUUCACCACCCACCCAACCAGCUGGACUGCCCAGCCUCCCAAAAUUCUCUGCCACCCCUAUUCCACACCCUGUGCCCCCAUCAGUCCCUACACCUUACACUCCAGUAUCAUACAACAGCGGACUCCAGUCGGCCAAGCAGUUCCAGAGUGCUCCUGAGCUCAGUAUCCUUGCCUCUUUGCCCCCACUCAAGACCACCGCACUUCAGGCGCCCAAACCACGUUUUGUAGCCACCAAGGGAGGCGUCCAGCCCCGUGUGUGGAGGCCUGGGGCAAUGUGAACACCAUUCACUACCACAGCUGGACAUGUACUAUUCAUCUACUGAUAAAAUUGAUGAAUUUAUCAACAACAAUUCAGUUAAAAUUGGUUCACUGUUUAAGUUAAAAAGGCCAAAUACCGAUUGGUUCCAGUUUCUCAAAUGUGGCAAUAUUCUGCUUUUAUCAUCUUACAUCAUUGUUAAUUGUAUAUCUUUGGGUUUAGGUUUUAAGAAAUUGUGAUGGGCAACUUUCAAAUCAAUUCAUUGAUUAUUAAAUUCACAUGAAUGAAUACAGGCAAUCCUACACCAUUAAAGGUUUAGUGUGUAGGAUUUAGUGGCAUCUAGUGGUGAUGCUGCAGAACUUUUCCCACAUGCCAAGGUCGUAUUACUACUGUAGCCAACACAGAGACGCAAAUAGCCCUGUCUAGAGCCAGUGUUUGGUUUGUCUGUUUGGGCCUCUGUAGAACUAUAGUGGACUCCUGGGAAGAGGACCUGCUACAUAUGUAGAUAUAAAGGGCUCAUUGUAAAGUCAUGAAAACAGAACUAUUUCAGUUGAAAUUAUACACUUACAACAACAUAGUUCUUAAAAUUCUGUCCAUUUUUGCCUGUAUAUCCCCUUAAAUCCUGAAACACUGAGCCUUUAAAUUAAAACUUAAAUACAGCUGUAAACAUAUGAUGGUGAAGUACCAUAAGGUGACAAAAUGAUUCAGUUUAAAGUUUGAAAUCCAGAAGCCAGUUAAGUUUUUGAAGUAUGUUAGAACUUGAAUAAUGAUAAUAGAUCAUAAAAAUCUAUUUUCUGUUCAAAAUGCUGCUCACAUUUAUUUUGCUGCCAACACAUUUACUCACACAUGUAUCAGAGUGACAUAACAAUACUUGCACAUACUGUAUGCUGUGUAGUCCACCAUAUGCCUGUCCUGGGGGAGGUUUAUGUAAGGCCUCUGGAGAUCUCUUUCUACUAAUUUAGCAGAAAUGCUAUCUGAACAGAGCCUGUACUGAAAUAUUCUUUGAAACUUGAAAUGUCUGAGAGAUGCUGAAAAUGAAUAGUUGUGGUUUGGAUCAUAGGAUUAAAUCACUGAAGAAAUAUGUUGUAGUAUGUUGACAGGUGGAGGAUUAUAAUGCAAAAACAGCAGGCUUUUAUCUAUCUUUAAACAGUUACUUCUGUUAUUCAGUACUUGUCCUACUAAAUUAUGUGCACCAAAUGUUUUACUCUCUGUUUGUAGCAUUGUCAAAAAGAAACCAAUGAUGACCUAGUCUCCUUGUCAAGUGGUUAAAAUGACACAUGAUCAUCUGAACAUUGAAGAUGUAUUUAAAUGCCCAUGCUCACCUGGGAACUAUCUGUGACAACAAGGUUGGGUCUUGGAAAUGUUAGCGAGGUUGUGCCAAAUACCUCUGCUCACUAUAGCCGAAAAAGAAAUGCUAUCGUUUUUAGCAUGGGUCACAUUCAACAAGUUCCUGGGCUGUCACUGAAUGUAUACUUGUCACUGGAUAUCACAGCUUACUUUAGGCACACCAGAGCCUCCUUAGUAUCCAUGUGAUCUUUGCAGAUAUAUGUAAAUUCUUAACUUUUAUUAAACAAAUAACACAGAUGAAGGAAUGUGUAUUUCGUUUGAUUAAUUCUCAAUUAAUCCGAAGUGGUGCAAAGGGAAGUUGACUUACUGGGAGGCCCCAGAAAUUUUUAAAAGACACAAGAAAUGAGAGUGGCUGUGGAGGAGGAUAAAGGCAGUAUAUACUGUAGGUAGGGCAGAUGAAUGAGGUAGUAGCUCAUCAUUUGUGAGCUACUAGGAUUUAUGGUUGAAUUGUACAUAGUUAUGAAGUCCCACAGCCUGUAGUGAAGUUAACGGGGGAUUGAUGGGAAAGUUUGGUACCUGAAGUUUGUUUGUAAAGCUAAAGAAGCUAAUGGAAAGACGCACAGAGGUUUCACUUUUAAACAGUACAAUAGUUGGUACUGGUAAAAUGGUAAGGAUAAACAUUAAAUGGCUAUUUACCUUAAAAGACUAGGUAACAAAUAAGAAAGAAAGAAACGAAUAUGUGGAUUUCAGUUGCGGAGCUCUUGGGGACAUUUUUUUUCUUUUUUUUUUUUUUACCAUUUUUAAAUAAAAUAUCUCUUAAAGCUUUGUCUUUUUUUCAUAUUAUGGCUACGAAAAUAGAGUGUGGAUAUAGUAAUGCUGAGGUGUAAAAUAUGAUAAAUGUGUCUGGAUGUAGUUUGAUUAAAUAAAACAUGUUAAAAUGUUUGUUAUUACUGCUGAGUAGAGGUUUAUACUGACUAGGAAACAGAACAUUUUUAGAGGAAUAAAAUCAGUUUUAAAAGCUCUCAA